UACACACACAUACACACACACACAUAUCCUCUCACAUAUACACUCACAGCUGUUGAUACUUCUCUCACUGAUGAACGCAGAGGCAGCCGAGGAGCAGAGCCUGCAGGAAUCUGGGAGAAUCUCCUGUCUGCUGGCAGCUCGAUCAAAGAGCAUCUGUAUGGAAAAUCUGAACGGACAAGUGGACCGACUGGUUCUCUGACUGUCGCCCGACUCUCACUUUCUGUCUUUCAUAUCCCGCUCUUUGUCUCCGUCUCUCUCUGGGACUCAGUGUUGGAAUUUUGAGCGCAGACAGUGAGAAACAGAGGAAAAAUAGAGACAUGUGUUUUGCUUCAGCCGCCUACUACCACUGCCUGUUCUCUUCCAUUCACUGACCAAGGAGGAAAUACAAGGUGUGAGUCAGAGCGACAGUCAUAGAGCGAGCGAGCGAGCGAGGCGAAGCAGGCAUGAGUGCGGACAACCAUCAGGGGGUGGUGACCACCCCUCCCCCAUCUGGCGGAGGGACCAAGGAGCGCUACUUCGACCGUGUCAACGUCAACGAUCCUGAGUACAUCAGGGCGAGGAACAUGUCGCCUGACCUCCGGCAGGACUUCAACGUUCUGGAGCAGAAGAAACGCGUCACACAGAUACUACAGAGUCCCGCUUUCAAGGAGGAGUUGGAGAGUCUGAUCCAGGAGCAGCAGCGGAAGGGGAACAACCCCACCGGCCUGCUCGCCCUCAGACAGAUCGCUGACUUCUUCAUGGCCAGCUCAGUGGCUGGUUUCAGCACCUCCCCCCUCAGUCUGGGGAUGGUCACUCCCAUCAACGACAUGUACGGAGUGGAAUCCACCACGAUGGUGAAAGGCGAGAAGCUGACGCGCUGUAAACUGGCCAGCCUCUACAGACUGGUGGACCUGUUCAGCUGGGCACACUUUGCCAACUCUUACAUUACAGGCCGAGUCAGUAAAGAGCAAGACCACAUCCUUAUCAUCCCCAGAGGACUGUCAUUCGCUGAGGCGUCGGCAUCAAACCUGGUGAAGGUCAACAUCAUCGGGGAUGUGAUCGAGCAGGGCUCUACCAACCUGAGGAUUGACCCUGCGGGUUUCAGUCCCCAUGCUGCCAUCUACUCCAUGCGUCCAGACAUACGCUGCAUCAUACAUGUGCACACUCCUGCCACGGCUGCUGUGUCAUCUAUGAAGUGCGGCAUCCUGCCCAUUUCCCAGGAGGCACUGAUCCUGGGUGAUAUCGCCUACUACAACUACCAGGGCAGCCUGGAUGACCAGGAGGAGCGCAGAGAGCUGCAGAAGGCCCUGGGGCCUACGGCGAAGGUUUUGGUGCUGAGGAAUCAUGGUGUGGUUGCUCUUGGGGAGACUAUUGAAGAGGCCUUUCAUUACAUCUACAAUGCCCAGUAUGCCUGUGAAAUCCAGGUGAAUGCCAUUUCAUGUGCUGGCGGCGUGGACAACCUGAUCGUGCUGGACCAGGAGAAGUACAAAUCGCGAGUGUUCGCCGUGGCCUCAGGGGCUGCUGUCAACAUGGCUGGCCAGUACAAGUGGAAGGUUGGGGAGCUGGAGUUUGAGUCUCUGAUGAGGAUGCUGGAUAACCUGGGCUACAGGACAGGUUACGCCUACAGGCACCCCAUCGUCCGGGACAAGCCAAGGCACAAGAGCGACGUGGAGAUCCCCGCCACCGUCACGGCAUUUACGUUUGAGGAGGACGGGGACGGCGGUGCCACACGGCUGCCCUUCAAGUUCUUGCAGCAGCGACAGCAGAGGGAGAAGACGCGCUGGCUCAACUCGCCCAACAGCUACACCAAGGUCAGCGUGGAGGGCGGAGAGGAGCGCUACAACAGCCGGACGACCACGUGGAUGAAGGCUGAGGAGACAGGAACCCCAAUCCGGAUCGAGGACCCCAAUCAGUUUGUCCCUCUCAACACAGACCCCAGUGAGGUGCUAGAGAAGAGGAACAAGAUCAGAGAGCAGAACCGGUUUGAUGUGAUGUCGUCAGGGCCACGCUCCCAGCACCUCGCAGGCAUCCCCGCUGACGAGCCACGACGGGAUCUGGUGCAGAUAAAAGUUCUGCCAUACGUGCCCACAGAGGAGGACCAGAUGGCUCCCCUGCCUCCCAACCCCUUCAGUGAGCUGUCAGAGAAGGAACUAGAGGAGUACCGCAAGAACGUGGAGAGGAGGCAACUGGGCCUCAGCGAUGGCGAGCACGAGCUAACCUCCGACGACGGCUCCACUCUCUCUCAGUCUCUGUCUCUCACCCAGUCCCCGCAAAGCACUCCAGCUAAAGAAGAGAAUCACACAGGCCUGAUGAACGGCAAAGACGACCACGCCGAGGUGGACGAGGAGCUGUCCAAGCGCGUCAGUCAGCUGACCACCAGCGUGGAGAGUGUGGAGAUUACGGUGCGUUCCGGCGAAAAGAUAGAGGAGGCCCUGUCCCCCGAGAGCUCUCCCUCCAAGUCCCCCAACACCAAGAAGAAGAAGAAGUUCCGCACCCCGUCCUUCCUGAAGAAGAACAAAAAGAAAGAGAAGACGGAGGCCUGAGGUUAAACGAGCAGCAGGGCCGGGGCAGGCUGGAAGACCGUCUGCGCAGAAGAAGAAAGAGUGGUGGCAGCCACCUUUUCUGUUUAAUGUAUGUGUUUUUAUUUUGUCUCCGUUUUCAACGUGCUUUUAUGUUUUUAAUUUUAUUUGAAUUUUUUUAACAAAAGGUUUAAUGUGCAAAAGGCAUAUGAAAGGAUAACAGAAAAAAAUGAAUUGGUUUAUAACAAAAAAAGGAAAGAAUGUUUGGGAAAUUUGGGGUGGGUAUGUGGGUCCACAAAUUAAAACUGCAGCAGAUGUGGGGUGACUAAGGCAAGUGUUGGGUGUCUAUACACCUGAUCACCUAUGCAGUACUCUAACAGGGCUCCUUGGAAGCCGUUGAGUGUCAUUUGAGGCCAUUUAGAUCCUGAAUAACUGGCUCCUCCUGUGUUAUUUCCCAGGUUGAAAACAGAACUUGAAACUACAUAACGUAUUGCUUGCUUCAAAAAUCCAAUUUUAUGAAAUAUUGGAUGUUUGGAUGGCAACCUGAGUGUUGUAAAACUGCACAAGUUGAAACUAAACCUCAUUGGGGGUUUUUUGUCUGUCAAGACUUCCCAGUCUUUUAAGGUUUUGUUUUUACAUUUCUGGUCACCUGACUCUGCAUCGGGGACUGAGAGGCCACAUGAAAUUUGAAGUCACACUGGAAAGGGUUUGUGUUGAUUUAUUUACUGUGAGAGAAGUUUUCUCUCCGCCUCGCUCUCUCACGCUCUUCAAGCUUCUUUAUGCGCAGGCUUCUGAUACAAACCUUCUCUUCAGCUGAUUGUGGUUGAGCUGCAGAUGAGUUAAAGCGUUACCAGACCAGACUGGACUGGAUAGUGAGGACGAAGGCUGGCGGCCUAUCACAACUUAGUUGACAUUAUCUCAAGGAGCUGCCGACCCAUUCGAAAAUAUUUAUGUAGCAUUUUCAUAUCUUCUCUUCAUCUCAGUGUUUUUGCCAAACUAAAUGGAAGAAUGGAAAAAACAAUCUCAUUUUAGUAAAGCGUCACUGUGUGUGUCUAGUUUGUCAUCUCAUGAAAUUUGAUCUUUUUUUUAUUGAACACAAAUUUGGUAUUAGUCAGCUCUGUUUUGUACUCAUUUCUAAGCUUUUACAGAGAAUACAGAAGUUACGCAUGUUUUCUCUUUUUUCAAGAGCUGAAUUUAUAUGGCUGACUAUGUUCUGUAGUGAUGCCUGAUUGCUCAAAUUAUAUUCUAAUCUCCAGAGUACUCAAAUUUACCAUAUAUCGUAUGAAAACUGGAUAUGUUGGCUAUAGAUUUUUAACUAUAUAUUUUUUAUUUUAUUGUGCUGCACUUUUCUUGUGGUAUAUAACUCAUUUUAGCUGCAGGUGGUUUCACCAGUGAAGGAGAUUGUGAAGUAUUUGGUAAAAGUUGUGCAAGUGGCAAGCAAGGAAUGGGAUUGGAGAAAGGUCAGGACCCAGAAAGUGAAGUCGUAUGAAGACAGAAAGAAAAGUCUUUCAAUGGUGUCACACAUGAGAAAUGAUCUCUACUUCUCAACUCAAGGAAACACAAAAAACAAAAAAACAAGAACAGGAAGAGUAGUGCUGAAAUACUGCGUCAAACUAUCUGCAGUUGCCACCUGAAAUGAAAAUCAUGGGUCGUGGAGUGUGGAGCAAUGGUGUCUUUGUUUGGUGUGCUUGUGUGUGUGUUUUUAAAGCCAUAUUGUAAUUUUUUUCCUCCAUUUUUUUUUUCAAAUGAUGAGACAAGGGUUGCGAUUCUCGUCUGCCUGCUUGGGCAUCAAGGACCCUAACAAGUCUUCUGUUAAAUCACCCCAGUGACUGCAUCGAGACCCCUCAGGCUUCCAAAAAACUUUUAUUUGAAGUAGCUACAUUAACAGCAGCUACGCUUCCUUGCUUAAUUUGCCAUUUACUUCCUCCUGGAACUGGAACAUAAUAAGGAGGUCAUACGGACAUUAUAUUUUUAUUUGAUCCCUCUGCGAGCCCAGUCGUCAUUUCAGUUUCUAGAGCCUCCCCUCAUGUAAUUUCUCUAGUAAACAUGAUCGUGCUGUAACUGUCAGAUGACCCACAGUUGAACUCUGCAAAGCCAAAGUGUGAUGGGUUGCCACAUAUCCUCCCCCCGCAGUUUAACCAGAUGUACCAAUAUCCCAGCUAGCAAUGUGAAGUAUUGGAUUUGGAGGGAGGGAGGGAGGGAGGGUUUAGGGGCACAUCUUUAGCUGUGUUAAACGAUAGCUUUUGGCUCUGGGCGAAGAGCUGAGGUCACACAACUGAGAGAUGGAGAAAGGGAGGUGUGAGUUUGGAAAUGGAAGUGCAUAUGUGUGUGUGUAGUCGAGAUGGGGCAGGGGGUAAGGACAACCUGACACUAACGCACCAUGUUUUUAUCACUCUGUCUUUUUUUUUCUUUCAUACAUCUCUCCUCCUGGAAAGUUUUUUUUUUUCAUCCUCCAUUUGUAUCGCAGUACUCUUUUUUCUUUUAGUUUGCAGAGAGCACUAGGCUUUUUUUAUUAACCAUUUUAUGAGCAUAUGUUGCUCCCAGAUGAACUGAAUGUGCAUUGCAUCCUUUUUAUUAUUCUCCUUUUCUGUUUCCGACUGUUUGCACCUUGCUUUACUAAUGCCUCUCUAUCCACAUUUUAUUUUUCUGUUUUUAAAAAAAGAACGAGUUUCGCUUUGGCAUGCCAGAAUGAGCCAAGCUACUUUGUGACCUGUGAAAAUCCUAUAUAAAUGGUUAUCUAAUGGAGUUGCUUUUAGAUGUAUUGCUAAUCAGUGUAAAUUCACAAAUAAAACUGUAUUUUAAGAAACGGAA